GUUAUUGCAGCGCUAACCUAGGUUAAAAUUAAUGUAGUGCUCGACUUUACCGCAUGUCCAAAGGUUUAUCGAAAUUUUAAAAGUUAUUCCCGAAACCCACGAAAGAGCAAGUGUUACGAUUUCUGAUAUCUUAAGAGCGCGCUGGUUAAAGUGAGAGAUAUUAGUAGUCAAGUGUGCUGCAAUUUGUCCCCGCCCCUCGUUGUCGUUUCCUUGCUCCUCCCCGAAUCUUGCCUGUUCGGCUUCCCGCUUCUGCGCAACUCAACCAGGCCUAAAUCACCCGCUUCUCCUCGCUUGUUUCCCUCAUUAACGCGGCCAGCAUGUCGGAGUACAGCACGGUGCCCCCACCUGGGGCUGGGGCGUCUUUGGGCGGACAGCCAUCCCUGGGAGCCGGCGGCGGAAUCAAGAAGGACGCGUUUGCUGACGCCGUGCAGCGGGCCCGUCAGAUCGCGGCCAAGAUCGGUGGCGAUGCUGGCGGCGCCCCCUUGAACAACAGCGGUGCCCCGGAGAGCUUCCCCUACACAGCACAGAAACGCCAGCUGGAGGAUGCAGAACAGCCAGAAAGCAAGAAAAUGGCUUCCCAGAGCGACCGUGAUUCUGCAACCUCUCUGUCAAUUGGAGCCCAGUUGGCAGCCUUAGCCCAACAGAGACCGACAACAACCACAGAGGAGUACAGUGUCCCUGAUGGCAUGGUUGGACUCAUCAUUGGAAGGGGUGGGGAACAGAUCAACAAAAUUCAGCAGGAUUCUGGCUGCAAGGUUCAGAUUGCCCCGGACAGUGGAGGUCUUCCAGAAAGAAGUGUGUCACUCACUGGGACUCCUGACUCCAUACAGAAAGCGAAGGCGCUCCUAGACGAGAUUGUGUCCCGAGGGAGGGGUACACCACCAUCUUUUCACGAGUCCACCAAUGGCCAGAGUGGCUCAGUGCAGGAGAUGAUGAUCCCAGCAGGCAAGGCUGGCCUGAUCAUUGGCAAGGGAGGAGAGACCAUCAAGCAACUGCAGGAUCGGGCAGGAGUCAAAAUGAUUCUGAUACAAGACAGCUCCCAAGGUCCAAACAUGGAUAAACCUCUGAGAAUCAUUGGAGAGCCAUACAAAGUGCAGCAAGCACGAGAGAUGGUCAUGGAAAUCCUGCGCGAGAGGGACCACGCUGGCUUUGGAGACAGGAAUGAAUACGGCUCCCGCAUGGGCGGAGGGGGCAUGGAUGUGCCCGUUCCCCGCCACUCUGUUGGCGUUGUCAUCGGACGCAAUGGUGAAAUGAUCAAGAAGAUCCAAAACGAUGCGGGUGUACGAAUACAGUUCAAACCAGAUGAUGGUGUGGGGCCCGACAAGGUGGCUCACAUCAUGGGCCCACCUGAACGGUGUGAGCACGCAGCCCGCAUCAUCGCCGACCUUCUGCAGAGCAUCCGCGCACGGGAAGAGGGACAGGGGGGUCCCCCUGGUCCCCCAGGGAUGCCUCCUGGAAGGGGCAGAGGACACGGUCAGGGUGGAUGGGGACCCCCAGGGACGGAGGUCACUUUCUCCAUCCCCAGCCACAAGUGUGGCUUGGUAAUCGGCCGAGGUGGUGAGAAUGUCAAGGCCAUCAAUCAACAGACAGGGGCUUUUGUGGAGAUCUCACGUCAGCUGCCACCCAAUGGGGACCCCAACUACAAGCUGUUCGUCAUCCGGGGCUCCCCUCAGCAGAUUGAUCAUGCCAAACAGCUCAUCGAAGAUAAAAUUGAGGGUCCACUUUGUCCUGUUGGUCCAGGUCCUGGUGGUCCAGGCCCAGCUGGCCCCAUGGGCCCAUACAACCCCAAUCCUUACAACCCAGGACCACCCGGUGCCCCUGGUCCACAUGGAGGUCCACCUGCUCCUCAUCAAUACCCUCCCCAGGGCUGGGGCAACACCUACCAGCAGUGGCAGCCCCCAGGACCCCAUGACCCCAGCAAGGCAGCAGCAGACCCUAACGCAGCCUGGGCAGCAUACUACGCCCAGUACUACCAGCAGCCGACUAGUGCGGUGCCGGGCCAACCUCCAUCUGGGCCCACGGGGGCCCCGGCACCGGCUGACCAGCCGCAGGCCGGACAGACCCCUGGAGGCCAGCCCGACUACACCAAGGCCUGGGAAGAAUACUACAAGAAAAUGGCUCAAGCAGGAAGCACAGCGGCAGCUCCUGCCGCCGGCACCCAAACAGACUACAGCGCGGCCUGGGCUGAGUACUACAGGCAGCAGGCCGCCUACUACGGGCAGCCGGGCGCACAGACGCCUGGACAGCCGGCCGCGCCACAGCCAGGACAGCAGGCGCAGUGAGACAGCGUGGAUCCAUCUUUAUAUUAAGAGAGAGGACGAAGGACACCAUUGUACUUCCCAGCCGGCCAUCUGGGCUUUUUUUUUUUUUUUUUUUUUUUUUUUUUUUAAAUUUUCUUUUAAUUUUUAGUUUGGUUUUAUUGGAAACUGACGGUAGCCUGUUUGUCAGAGUCUGUGCCCUUAUUUUUCCACUUCCACACCGGUUUUUAAGAAAAAAAAUGUGAAAAGGACAAAACUUUUCUUAAGCUUUGCAGGUUAAACGGUUGGUGAGAGAGACUUGCAAGGCCUUUUCAGGUUUUUUUUUUUUUUUUUUUUUAUAAAAGAACCUUGUCAAGCAGGAGCAUGAACUUGAGCCUGAUUCUUUUUUUUUUUAAUUUAUUUUUUGAUUUUUUUUUUUUUUUAAAGCCCAGGUUAACUGGCAGGCGUUCCAUUCGCCAACUGACUGGACUUGACUGGUAAUGUUUAUUUUCCUUAGACAGUCUACUAAACAUACUUACUUCUAGUCCUACUACUGCAUUUACUGAAAUGACCGUGGAUUUGUAAAACUUUUUUUGGGUAAAUGAAAUU